CGAGCAUUGUAUAAAAGGGUUUAAAGAGGGGUUGGGGCUCCCGCUUUAUAGAGUGGCUCUGGUUGGCAAGCCCUAGUUUCAGUGUCUUCUCUACCUCUCUCUCUCUCUCGCCAAGAUGAAGCUCGUCAGGUUUUUGAUGAAAUUGAAUAAUGAGACGGUAUCGAUUGAGCUCAAGAACGGCACCGUUGUUCAUGGCACCAUCACUGGAGUAGAUAUCAGCAUGAACACGCAUCUUAAGACGGUGAAGCUGACCCUGAAAGGUAAAAAUCCUGUGACCCUUGAUCACCUGAGCGUGAGGGGCAACAACAUCCGAUACUACAUCCUUCCUGACAGUUUGAACCUCGAGACUUUGCUGGUUGAGGAGACACCUAGGGUCAAGCCUAAGAAGCCAACUGCAGGGAGGCCUUUGGGACGUGGUCGGGGCCGUGGGCGCGGGCGUGGCCGUGGCCGAGGGCGCUAGAUCUGUUGCUUUCUUCCCUCUUCUAAUUUUUGCAGCAUCUGUUUGUGUACAAAUAGCUUGCAUCCAAGGAGACAGUUUAGUGGGAUUACUGUUUUGAGGAUAGAAAAGCGGGAUUACUGUUUGUCUUAAUAUAGCCUGAAAGAUUUAUGGAUAUGGCUUAGCUUUGUUUCGUUUUAUGUCUUGAAUGAAGAAGCGCUUAUGCUUGAUUCGGAUCCA